GAAUGUUUUAAGCAUUUCAAUUUUUUCUUUAUUUUAGCCAUUCUUGUGUUUUUGUUAUGAUUUUAUUUGAAAACGUUAUGAAAAAUGAGUCAAAAUGUACUCUUUAUUGCAUGGUUUUUAUAAAUACGUUAUUCAAAAGGAUGAAUAUUGUGUAUUAAUAUUGGGAUUAGACAAUGCAGGAAAAACGACAUAUUUGGAGGCUACCAAAACAAAAUAUAAUAAAAAGUAUACAGCAAUGAAUCCUAGUAGAAUAACUACUACUGUAGGUCUUAAUAUUGGGAAGAUUGAUGUUGAUGGAGUAAGACUUAAUUUUUGGGACCUGGGUGGACAACAAGAAUUACAAUCUCUUUGGGAUAAAUAUUAUGCUGAAUGUCAUGCAGUUAUAUAUAUAGUUGAUUCAUCAGACAGAGAAAGGGUUUCGGAGUCUAAAGAGACUUUUGACAGAAUGAUUGCUUCCGAGCACUUAACUGGAGUCCCACUACUGGUGCUAGCAAACAAACAAGACAUUCCAGAUUGCAUGGGUGUGCACACUGUAAAACCAAUAUUUAAUCAAAAUGCCCACUUAAUUGGAGCCAGAGAUAUUAUGUUAAUGGCAACAUCGGCACUUACUGGUGAUGGUGUGGAUGAAGGCAUUCGGUGGCUUGUUGACUGUAUAAAAAGGAACAGUGUCGAACGAGCGCCGCGAAAUCACGAAGACAGCCUGUAGUGAAUCACUUGCGAAGUUGCGACAGUAAAUUUUAAUAUUCGUUCGCGCUUAAGAUGAAUAAUAAUUAGGUUUCCUUAUAAAAUAUUAUGUUUGGCUCCAUUGUUUUGUACAUACAGUAUUGAUAUUUAAAAAUAAAACAAUAUACAAUA